AUGGCUCCUGGAGAGAAGAUCAAAGCCAAAAUCAAGAAGAAUCUGCCCGUGACGGGACCUCAGGCACCUAACAUCAAAGAGCUAAUGCAGUGGUACUGUCUGAACACCAACACCCACGGCUGCCGCCGCAUUGUGGUGUCGCGUGGCCGCCUCCGGCGCCUGCUCUGGAUUCUCUUCACGCUGACAGCCGUGGCCCUCAUUUUCUGGCAGUGUGCCCUCCUCAUCUCAUCCUUCUACACCGUCUCUGUCUCCAUCAAAGUCCACUUCCAAAAGCUGGAUUUUCCUGCGGUCACCAUCUGCAACAUCAACCCUUACAAGUACAGUGCUGUGCGCCACCUCCUAGCCGACUUGGAACAGGAGACCAGAGCGGCCUUGAAGACCCUGUAUGGCUUUUCAGAGAUUACGUCUCGGAAACGCCGAGAGGCACAGUCCCGGAAUUCAGUCAGGAAGGGCACUGAUCCCAAAUUCCUCAACCUAGCCCCACUGAUGGCCUUCGAGAAGGGUGAUACAGGAAAGGCCAGGGACUUCUUCACGGGACGGAAGCGGAAAGUCAACGCAAGAAUCAUUCACAAGGCAUCAGAUGUCAUGCAUAUCCACAAUUCCAAGGAGGUGGUGGGAUUCCAGCUGUGUUCUAAUGACACAUCAGACUGUGCGGUCUACACCUUCAGCUCAGGGGUCAAUGCUAUCCAGGAGUGGUACAAGCUGCACUACAUGAACAUCAUGGCACAGGUGUCUCAGGAGAAGAAAAUCAACAUGAGCUACUCUGCUGACGAGCUGCUGGUCACUUGCUUCUUUGACGGGGUGUCCUGCGAUGCCAGGAACUUCACGCUUUUCCACCAUCCAAUGUAUGGGAAUUGCUACACAUUCAACAACAGACAAAAUGAGACUAUCCUCAGCACCUCCAUGGGAGGCAGUGAAUUUGGGCUGCAGGUCAUCCUGUACAUAAAUGAAGAAGAGUACAACCCCUUCCUGGUGUCCUCCACCGGGGCUAAGGUGAUUGUCCAUCGGCAGGACGAAUACCCCUUCGUUGAGGACGUGGGAACAGAGAUUGAGACAGCCAUGGCCACCUCCAUAGGAAUGCACCUGACAGAGUCCUUCAAGCUGAGUGAUCCCUACAGCCACUGCACGGAGGACUGGAGUGACGUGCAGAUCACGAACAUCUACAACGCCACGUAUUCCCUCCAGAUCUGCCUUCACUCGUGCUUCCAGGCCAAGAUGGUAGAGAACUGUGGGUGUGCCCAGUACAGUCAGCCUCUACCUCAGGGAGCCGACUACUGUAACUACCAGCAGCACCCCAACUGGAUGUACUGCUACUACCAACUGCACCAGGCCUUCGUCCGGGAAGAGCUGGGCUGCCAGUCGGUGUGCAAGGAAGCCUGCAGCUUUAAGGAGUGGACACUGACCACCAGCCUGGCACAGUGGCCAUCAGAGGUCUCCGAGAAAUGGUUGCUGUCUGUUCUCACCUGGGACCAAAGCCAGCAAAUAAAGAAGAAACUCAACAAGACAGACUUGGCCAAACUCUUGAUAUUCUACAAAGACCUGAACCAGAGAUCCAUCAUGGAGAACCCUGCCAACAGUAUCGAGCAGCUUCUGUCCAACAUUGGUGGCCAGCUGGGCCUGUGGAUGAGUUGCUCUGUUGUCUGUGUCAUUGAGAUCAUCGAGGUCUUCUUCAUCGACUCCCUCUCCAUCAUUGCCCGCCACCAGUGGCACAAAGCCAAGGGGUGGUGGGCCCGGAGACGGGCACCCGCCUGCCCUGAGGCUCCCCACAUCCCGCAGGGCCGGGACAACCGCGGCGUCAACAUAGAUGAUGACCUGCCCACUUUCACCUCUGCCUUGAGUCUGCCUCCAGCCCCAGGGCCCCAGGUGCCCGGCACACCACCCCCCAGAUACAACACCCUGCGCUUGGAGAGGGCCUUCUCCAGUCAGCUAACAGACACCCAGACCACCUUCCCCCACUGA